UAGAUGAAAGAAUGACCUAAUUAUAUAAUAUAGUUUGAUACAUUGCAUAUUACCUCGUUAAUUAAAUGUUAAACCAUUAGUUGGUGGACUUCCCACACAAUUCAGCAAUAUUAUCCACUUCAGUGCCCUUUUUUUUUGUUUCUGGUCAUCUUCUCCAACUUCGAUUUUAUGAUUAGUCACUUGUCAUGUCCUACACUUUGUGCAUAUAUGUAUGAGGCCUUAGGACCCUCUUCAUGGACUUGGCAACAUAAAGUGAAAUUAAAUAUUCAUAAGCCAUGCAAGGAGAACAUUUGCGUAAAGGGACUUGGCUCCAAGAGGAAGAUGAACAAUUGACUAGCUUUGUGACCCGUCUUGGGGAGAGAAGGUGGGAUUCCCUUGCCAAAGUAGCUGGCCUCAAGAGAAGUGGUAAAAGCUGCAGGUUAAGAUGGAUGAACUAUCUUCGUCCAAAUCUCAAGCAUGGUCAUUUUAGUGUCGAAGAAGAGCAGCUUAUUGUUCAGCUUCAACAACAAUUGGGGAAUAAGUGGGCAAAGAUUGCUCGGAAACUUCCAGGUAGAACUGACAAUGAAAUCAAGAAUUUCUGGAGAACUCAUUUAAGAAAUAGAGCUCAAGCUCAACAAGUCCCGGGAGAUUUUAAGUACAAAUUAGAAAUUGCAACAGAAGAAGUCAACCAGAAAAGCAUUGACAUGGAUUCCAAGGAUUACAAACAUGGAAACGUUUGCUGUCAAGAUAGUGAGUGGGAGACAAAGGAUGGUAGCUCCAUAGACACUUUACCCUUAUCAGAUUGGGAAUUGGGAAGCUCACCCUAUGAAACUAGGAUAUUGGAUUGGAUAGCAGAAUUGCAAAAUGGAUAUGGUGAUAAAGAACUAGAACAAGAUUGUAAUAGCACAGGAACGUGCAACAACUAUAGUCCUCAAGAAUUUGAUGAGGGAUGUGACUCAUGGGAUUAUUCAGGUUCUUUGUGGGAUAUGAACUAAGAUGAGAGACUCUUGUCUUCAAAAUGUUAAUAAUUUUGUAAAUAGACUUGCAUUACUCCCCGUGAAUAGAGAAUUUUUCAUUAUGAA